AUGAACACAGUCGCAUUGUCGCUUGACCCAGUUGUUCUGCUUGACCCCACGACUAAUUCCUUCCUUGACAUCGCGAGCACCAUUUCCUUCCGCUCAUCAACAGACCAAGUUUUAUUCUCGACUGCCGAUGAGCUGCUCAAUGGCAUUCAGGCAGGGGAGUUGUUUGUCCUCAAAGCCCAGACUUGUCGAUUUCUAGUCUCGGUUGCCCAAGAGGAAGACAGUGCAAAUGACCAAACAAUUUGGGCCCAACUAGGAAUCGAAAUAGUAUAUGAUGUGGAGAGUCCGUUCAGCCAUGGGCAUUUAUCCUUUAAGAUUGAGCACGCCGGAUCUGUGUUAUACCCAACGCUACCUUCCAACACUACGGUCAUCACUAUGCAAAAUCUAACCUGUUCGUUCUCCUUCCGUCGGAAACCAUCCACCCCCGAAGGCUCCAUGAUAGGUCCACAAGACGACAUCGACGACCCUUUUGACAGCCAAGACUCAGGCGUCUGUCUUAUAACUUGCGAUACUGCAACCGCAUUCAACAAGCAGACCGCUCAGGAUGGAGAUGUCACUUAUUCCGUAGGUCGACUUGUGGAAGCCGGCCUUAACGCAUUGUUCGUUGGUCACAAGGCCGUUGGCAGUAUCAGGAUGUUAACAACAAUGGGAACACCAACACUUAUCUGCCUCGCACCCGAGGUUUUCAACAUAGGCUAUCUUUCGUCCUUGACUACUCGGUCUCGCCUUCUACCAGCAUUGUCCUCUGUGUUCCAAGACCUUGGUCACAUUGAGUCUCGUCGACUCCGAGACCAUGAUUCUGUCUCAGAGAGCAUCCUUUUAUACGAUCAGAAUAGCGCGGUCGAAGGCUAUAGGCAUCGGAUUUGGAGGCUCAUGCGUGGCCAAAUCCCCCCCUACGAAGAAGCCAAAUCCGCACAGCAACAACCCCGAGAAUUAGCGACACAUCCAGACGAGGCCUUGAGAGACCUGAGCUUUGAUUCCAUGACUUCUUAUGGAGCUAGAUCAGAGGACGAAGCCUUACUUCGUGACGAACUUGACCUUGCGACCAAUGUUGAGCUUCAAGCAAACCAACAUCGCAACAUUCGGGAGACGUUAUCAGAUAUCGAUUUAGAGUUUGGCCAGAACACAGCUCCUUCAUGGACAGUUGACGACAAUCCGUUUUUGUCUUCUUCACCCCUGACCAUGAAGUUUCCUGCGGACCGGAGCGAGCCUGAAGACGAGCAAGAGGAAUGCGACGACGAGGGCUGCUACCCAGAAGACAAUUCGAACCACGAUGUCAAUCAAGAAGCUUUUGGCUCGCUAUGGUCGCCGCUACCACUCUCAAAUUUCGGAGGGCCUUCUGACCCAGAUAACGAGGCAGACCCAGAGGCAAAUAGGCCGGGUUGGGCUUUCGACUUGGCAGACGCGUCGCUACCACCUCUUCAUUUAACGCGAGAAAUAGUCAGGGGCACUCCUGGAAGUUACAGCGACUCGUCAAAUUCCGGUCUUAGUAUGGAGGACGAGAUCGACUUCAGAGCGGGUUAUGGUGCCGAUGACCCCCAAAGGCUAGGGUCGACAUCCUUCGUAUCCUACAGUGAUUGGCGAAGUGACGAGGACAAGGGGCCGCUCUCGGAGCUAUCAUUCCAAACAACCAGCAAUGACCGCCAAACGGAUGGUGAUGAGAUAUUCGGAGGACUUGACUUCGGCCGUUGUGAAACUAUACCCCAGGAUUACAUGUCGCCAAGUGAGGUCUUUUCCGGAAGCGAGAUUGACCUUGACGAAGACGACCAAAUCGAGUAA